CUCUCUGUUCCUUGCAUAUUUUAUAGCACGCAUUAAUAGUGUCUCGCUGGUCGAGAAUCAUCCCAUCUUAAAGUUUAUCCUACAAACUAGCAUAAAACAAGCGUUAUGGUCUUCCUUCUGCCAAGUGCCGUCUUCUCUGUUAUCGUUUUGGUUAUCUUGAAAGCAAUGAGCAUCUCUGCUCGCCCGGUUUCAGAGAACUCACUGAAUCCCGCGAAUGCGCGACGUUACUCUGAACAUGUCCCCCCGAUAGGCUCUGAUACAUUCAAUCCUGGAACUCUCUCUCAUCCCGCCACCGUCGCGGUCGAUCCAUUAGAAGCAAUAUUAGAUGAAUCGGGGCUCGGGGCACUUGAUGGCCAUGAUACCGACGAGGGAGAAGGGCCACUAGAUGAAAUUGCCCACCUGAAGCCGAGAACUUCUAUAGAGGGAGAAGUCAGCAGCUUUCAGGGAGUACGUAGCCUCUCCCGGGCCUAGUAGAUAGACUAUAGACAAAUGAAGACAGCUGUUCCUUCCAUACUACGGAAAUUCAUGAACAUCUUCCUGUCCUCGCCCGCAUCGAAGCUUCCAAUAUUGCUGCAAGGGCGAAGACACUGAUCGAUACUCAA